UAGUGAGAUCUGAGAGAUUGCAACUACAAGGAGUUCCCCGAAAAAAAAAAGCUCUUACGAGGGAGUUCCUGGAACCGAGCCAAGUGGCAUCCAUGAAAACAACUAAGUACAUUAACGUGGCGUCCCGACGUCCAGGACUCCAGGGCCUAGCAAAUAAGCUCAGGACAGAACCAAUAACUAAUGACAGCGAUCCGGACCACCAUAGGCAUGCUGACAGCUCAGAUCACAUGUCGUACAGGUGCUUAACAUUCAUUUAUUGCCUGAUCAGCUGUUUGCACUUUGCGCAGUGAUCCAUCUUCUAGUUCGAUCCGCCGCCACCGAAAAGCGACCAUGGAGUUCCUGCAGGACAGCAUCCCCAUGGUGUACCUGGCCGUCGCAGCCUUCGUGCUGUACGCGCGCGCGUCUUCGUCUCUCCUCCGCCCGGGGCUCCCACGCUUGGUCGCCCUGCUCCCCGUAUUUCCGGUCCUCGCCUCCGCCCCCUUGGCCUUCUCUUCCUCCGCCAUCCUCCGGGGCCUCGCCGGCUUCUUCCUAGCCUGGCUCUGCUCCUUCAAGGUCGCGCUCUUCACCGUCGGCCGCGGCCCGCUCGACCCGGCUCUCCCCCUGCUUCCGUUCCUCUUCACCGCCUUGCUCCCCGUCAAGCUCCGACCAGCAUCCAACAACAAAGCCACAGCCAAGUCGUCCUUCUCCCUCGUUUCUUGCACGGUCAAGGUCGCCAUCAUAGCCGCCGUCGUCCGCCUCUACGAGUACAACGACCAGCUGCAUCUCUACGCCCGCCUCGCGUUGUACGGCGUGCACACGUACUGCUUCCUGGACCUGCUCCUCCCCUGCAUCGCGGCCGCGGGGGGCGCGCUGGGGAUGGAGAUGGAGCCGCAGUUCGACCGGCCGUACCUGGCGACGUCGCUGCGGGACUUCUGGGGCCGCCGGUGGAACCUCAUGGUGUCCGCCAUCCUCCGGCCGUCUGUGUACGAGCCCGUGCGCGCGCGAGCCGGGAACGCCGCGGCGGGGGUCCUGGCCACGUUCCUCGUGUCCGGGCUGAUGCACGAGGCCAUGGUGUACUACCUCAGCCUGCGCUGGCCGCCGAACGGCGAGAUGGCUGUCUUCUUCGUUCUCCAUGGCGUCUGCUGCGUCGCCGAGGAGUGGUUCGUGCGGCGGUGGAAGGCCAGGGGCUGUCCCUCGCCGCCGCGAGCUGUGGCGACGCUGCUGGUUUGGGCGUUCGUCGUGGGCACGUCGUUCUGGCUCUUCUUCCCGGCGUUGUGCAAGGACGGUGUCGAGGAGAAGCUGCUGCAGGGGUGGGCUGCCGUGGCGGCGUUCUUUCGGGACGCCGGCAGAAAGGUUGCCCUGCCCUGUACGAUCAACGGAGUGAUCAGUGAUCAAAAGUGAGAUGUUCGCGGUAUAGAAAAAUCAACUAGCUAUCGAUGCUUGACUUUUCGCUUCCUGAGACAAUCUUGAAUUCUUAGCUCCGGUAAUCUGGUUAAUACAAAAA